AUGGCUCGACAUGCAAAUGUUGAUGCUGAUGCAGCUCACUUGGCUGCCCAUGGCCAUGUACAAGAACUAGAACGUAACUUCUCUUUACUAUCCAUGUUAGGUCUUGCAUUUGCAAUCCUCAAUUCUUGGACUGCUCUAGCUGCGAGUUUAAGUGUAGCAUUACCAAGUGGUGGACCAACCUCAGUACUUUGGGGAUUGAUCACUGCCGGAGUAUGUAAUUUAUGUCUCGCCGUCUCUCUUUCCGAAUUUCUUUCUGCCUACCCGACAGCAGGUGGCCAAUAUCAUUGGGUUGCAGUUAUAAGUUGGAAGAAAUAUGUUCCUAUCCUCAGUUGGAUUACAGGAUGGAUCAACGUCGCCGGUUGGAUCGCACUCGUCUCAUCAGGUGGUCUUCUCGGCUCGCAACUCAUCGGCGGAGUCAUUUCGCUCAUGAAUCCGGACUAUGAACCACAACGCUGGCAUCAAUUCCUUCUUUACAUCGGAUACAACAUUAUCGCUUUUAUCAUUAAUGCUUUCAUGACAUCGCUAUUACCUCUUAUUACCAAAUCGGCAUUUAUCUGGUCAAUUCUUGGAUUUGCGGUCAUUAGUAUCACGGUCUUGGCGACAGCAUCUCCAGAAUACAACGACGCAUCAUUUGUCUUCACCGACUUUAUCAAUAGCACAGGCUGGCCCGAUGGAAUUGCAUGGCUUCUUGGUUUACUCCAAGCUGGUCUUGGGCUAACUGGUUUUGACGCCGUCGCUCAUAUGAUUGAAGAAAUUCCCGACCCAGGAGUUCAGGGUCCAAAGAUCAUGAUUGGAUGUGUCUUAAUUGGUGUAUUCACAGGGUUCAUUUUCCUCAUGGUUCUUCUUUUCGUGGGAGGUAACGUCAAUGAUGUUAUUGAAAGCUCAGCGGGUCCAUUGCUCCAGAUCUUUUACCAUGCAACUGGUAACAAGGCUGGAGCAAUCUGUCUCCUCAUCUUCCCACUUGUUUGUCUUUUAUUCGCCACCAUCUCUAUCACUACAACUUCCACGCGUAUGACUUAUGCAUUCGCUCGCGACAACGGUCUCCCUUUCUCAAGAGUGUUCUCUAGAGUUCAUCCAAAAUUGGCUCUUCCCCUAAAUGCACUGUAUCUUACAAUGGCAUGUGUACUGCUUUUCGGACUCGUCUUCUUGGGAAGUUCAUCGGCUUUCAAUGCGAUUGUUAGUGCGAGUGUGGUGGCUUUGGGGGUCGGCAUUGCAUAUGUAAUGGUAACCACGGUUCUAUUCCUCUUUCCUCCAGAAUUACCCGUUACUGGAAGUAAUAUGAAUUACUGCGUAGUAGCCUUCUUCCUCGUCUUCGUCAUUGCAGUCAUACAAUGGUUCGUCGACGGUAAGAAAAACUUCACCGGUCCAAGAAUUGAUAUGGAAGCUAUGCAGCACGGUGAAGUGGUGGGGAUUGCGGUUGGUGAUGAAAGUAGUGGGACUCCUAGUGCGGAUUUUGGGGAAAAGGGGGUUAAAUGA